AGCGGGCACUUCUUUCCAUUCUCUUUUACAAUGUCACUGCUUCAGCUGCUCGGUACUAUAUUCAACCACAAUUACUAUGGCAAUGGCAACCAGAAUGGCCUUCAGAUCCGUAUCUCGUAGGUUCUCGACUGGCUCUGGAAAGAUACUCAGCGAGGAGGAAAAGGCUGCGGAAAAUGUUUACAUCAAGAAAAUCGAGCAAGAGAAAUUGGAGAAACUUACACGCAAGGGACCCAAACCAGAGGAGAAGGCCGAAGCAGGUUCAGGGGGUAGUGUGGCUGAACCUAACCUUAGUACCUCGACAACAGGAGCAUCUACUGAGAAAGUAUCAACUGAUAAGUAUCGAAACUAUGGGGUUCUCGCCGGUGUUGUGACCUUUGCUGGUGCUCUGGGAUGGUAUCUCAUGUCUAAGGAGAAGAAACAAGAAGUCCGUGACUGAGGUUUAAUGCAUCAGAUUUUGAAAGUGGAACAUGCCAUCAACAGUUUACCCCAUACCCUGUCGCACGGAGUAGGUGAUAAAUAAACCAAACUUUUAUAAGCAUUUUAUGUUGUUUUCUGAUUUGAUAAGAACUGUGUUGUAACUACUACUUACGUACUACAAUUCCAGGCUGUGGGUUUUCUAAAUGGCUUUUUCAUGAAUUUGUGGAAUUGAUUU